AAGCGCAGUUUUACUGGAACCCCAGCAAAAAAAAAAAAAAGGAAAAGGGAAAAUGUUCAAGUGUACUAUUAAAAAAAGAAAAAAGAAAAUAGUGGCAUUUUAAAUGGCACGGUUAUGUCUUUGUCAUAUCAAAAUGAAACUGCAACGUUUUUGAUAAACAAAAAAAUCGGACAUAUCGACGGGAAAGAAAAGCUUUUCGAAUAUACAAAAGAAAAAAAACGUGAACCACAUUUUGCAAAUAAAAAAAGACAGAACUGAUCAAACCCUUUGCACACACACAACAUAUAGCAGCGAUAAUCAUUCCAAUUCUAUGGUUAACCCAAAUUUUCCAACUAAUGGAAAUAGACGAAAGGAAAUGAAUGAUGAAACGAUAUAUGGUUACAGCAACAAAGAGGUCAAGAAUAAAAUUUUAGACAAAGAGAAUAUGAUAAAAAAUAAAGUUUAUAACAGAGCUAGCAGUAGUUUGAAAAAAAAAAAUUAUUACGAAAAGUUAAAUGCCGCCAAUAAUGAGGAAAAGGAAUUUGUCAAGCCGAAAAACACCGUUCUGAGUGAACAUAUUGGCAAAAAUUACGUCGAAAAGAAGUAUGGCGACAACAACAAUUUGGCGAAGGAUCGAUCCAAGUUUCGAAGGAUUGGUUACUAUAAUGAGGAGAAUAGCUUAAAAGCGAAUUCCGCGUAUGACGAUGUGAAUAAUGCAGCGGCAGGUAAGGGUGUUGUCCCCAACUCCAUUGGCAACCCUCCGCAUCGCAAGUUUAACGAUUUAAAGGCGGUUCCAGGUGGAGGUGGCGGCAACAACACCGAGGUGGUUGUGAACAGCGCGAAAGGUGGCGCCGCGGAGGGGGCACACAGUCAGAAGCAAAAUUUCGAUCACUUCGGAAAGAAGAAUUUAAUGUAUACCAAAAGUAACAAUGAUCAUAACGCGAAUUAUAACUACUCCAAGAUGAGCAGGAAUCAGAACAAGUAUGGCAAUGCCGAUUUUAGGGAUCCCCCACAAGGGGCAGUUCCGGUAGGGACAACAGGGGUAGCAACACAAGGGGUGGCACCACCGUUACCACCUCAGCCCAUUUCCUACAUGGGAAGGGACAAACUAUACCAGAAAAACCAGAGUGAACAGAAUGGUAACCCCAAUAUGAACAACGUCAUGGGUGGAAAGGGCAGCUAUAAAAAUGAGAGCCUAGCACCAAAGGAUAAAAUUUUGAAUGAGGAAAAUUUUAUCGAAAAUAACCAAAUGAGUGAUAACGAUGUAGCAACAGGUUUGGGGCACGACUUCCAGAGGAAUAAAAAUGUUCCUACAAGUAAGAAUUCCAUGAUGAACCCAAAAAAUGUGUCCAAAAUGGGGGUAAACCAAGGGAAGCAUAAUGACGACAUGGUUGUGGACCACGAAAGAGCCACAAAUAAUUACCCAUUGAAACAGCAUAACUUUAAUAUGAAAAGAAACAUGUAUGCGAAUUACCCCAAUGCGUCGAAAAAUGAGAAAAAUAUGCCCCAUCAUAAGUACGCGGUGGAUAAGGAUGGAAAUCGGAAAAAAGAGCACCAGAAUUUUUCCCUAAGUACUAUAGACUCUAAUUUUUCUCAUCAAAAUGCUUUUGACAAAAAGUUCGGUUCUAAAUUUGUCGACCCACAUAUGAAGGAUAGAAUGGAGGGCAUUAAGGAAAACCCAGCUGAGUUUAAUGCCCCCUCCCUGGGUGAGGCCAAAGGAGAAGGUAAAAAAUAUCCCAAAAUUUUGGCCAACAAUAAUGAAAAGGGAAUGAGUGCAGCGGAUAGAGGUGGUGUCCCAUUAGGCGGUAACGAGGAGGAUGAAUACGUUCCCAUAGAUGAAUACAAUCACUGCGUCCAAGUGGUAGGUGUGGCCACCACCAAUAGUUGCGUGAACAAUAGUGCAGGUGGUAAUAACGCUAAGCAGUCAUUUAAGAAAGACGGGGGGGGGAAUGCUCCUAGUGGGAGUGGAAAUGCCAGCUUGGGGGAGAAGCAGAGAUUUUUUGACCGGGCAGAUAUAAAUGCUGCUUCGAAAAGUUACGAGUAUAAUGCAAUCGAUUCGGGCAAAGUGUCCCCAGAAUUUGGUAACGAUAGUGCAAAUAUGAUGACAUGUGAGGGGAGAGGCGGGAACGUGGAGAACGCAAAUGAUGCCGUCUCAAACGUGCCUGCGGUUAAUGUCAAUACAGUCAACCUGGCUAGUGCCAAUAGAGUGUCCAAGGGGAAUACAGCUGCUAAUACGCACCAUCUGAGAGAUAAGAAUCUCCCGCCAGGUGUAAAUCCGUAUGGCAGUACCCCCAAGUAUGAGGACGCUAAACAGGUGAGAAAACGUUCCAAUAAUAUGCAAGGGACGUAUAAAGGUAAGAAGGCCACGAUGUAUGAUCCUCCAAAUGAUGAAGACUACCAGAGGUACCCCUCAUCAGAGGAUUAUAAUAUUAAUAGUAAUAAUGGCAACCAUGUGAAUAAUUUUUUUUACGAAAAUGUGAAUGACAACGAGGAGGAGCGUAUCAGCGAAAACGCCAACGACGAUGUUGACUCGGAUGAGAAUGAGUACAACCCGAGAAAGGAACAUAAUUAUGCGAAUCGAAAAAUGAAUUAUAAGCACUACCCAGAGAGGAGUGUGAAGAGACUUCACCACGAUACCAUGAUGAAUUACCCAAAGGACAGUAAAAAAAGCGGCUCCUAUGGCCCUGCGUUUAAGACCUACUCGGGGGAGUAUUACCCCGACGAGGAGUGCACGGCCCAGAUGGACUGUGCUUAUGAGGAGUACCGGGAGGAGGCCUACCCCGACGUCUCCUACUCAGACAUGGAGAACCCUGAGGAUACGCGGAAUUACCAGCGGAGCUAUUCACACGACUCCAAAAGUGAAAAAGGCGCGCUCACAAUCAUCAGACUGCCAGCCGAGAACAAAAAACAAGUAAAGAAAAAAAAAAAGAACGUAGUUAGUUAUGGGAAGUCCCUAGUCGAAAUGUAUAGUACAGCCAUCCCGAUAAGCGAACAAGUGGACCCCUAUGCAUUAAAGGCACUCUCAAAGAACGAAAAUUUAAAUGAGAAAAUAUACGCACUGAUUCCAAAGUCAGUGGUUGAGGUUAGUGAAUAUGAUGAUGUUACUCACGUUACUUUGCAGUCCUCUUCGCCCCUCUUCGUUAAUCAAAAUGAUAAUGUGAAGCAGCACAUUAUAACCACCACGCACCAUCAGAAGAGCGAUGACAUUCCGAAUAUCGCGUCUUGUGUCGUUCCGGAGUCCGACGAGUCGUUGAAAGAGUCGCUGGAAAAGUCGAAGGAGUCCCUAAGCGGAGGAGAAAACGAUAAAAAUGUAAUGCAGCGUUGUGGUGAAUCGGCGUUAUGCACAUCCCUCAAGUCCAUAAUCAGGGGGACGUCGCUCAGAAACAAAAGCGGGUCGUCGCUGAGCGUCAAGUUUAAGCUGUCCCAAGGGGACCAGGAAAACAAAUCGCAAGGGAAAAAUGAAAACAAAAGUAAAUCCCUGAAGGGGGAAGAUAGUGAAAAGGAAUUAAAUAAAAAAAUAGAAGAUCACAUCCUAUCGGAAGAAUUAAGAAAUUUAAAAAUUGACAAAAGCGUUGCGGAGAAAAAAAGGGCUUCGAUAUUUGAUGAGCCCAAAACGAGACUGAGACAGGAGAAGAAAAGCGAACCAAAUAACAAAGUCGUUUUGGAUUCAAAUAAAGUAAAAAAUGCUACAGAAAUUAAGUUAAAAAAAAUUCAGCACGUUACUGGGUUGCUCGAAAAAUAUGACAUUCCGAACCCCUUCGAGAGCUACACCAUGGACCCCAUAGAUUACUCCCAGUUGGCUGGGAAGAAUAACAGCGCGAAGUUGAUGAGUCUGGCCCACACGGUUUCGAACAACUACUACAAGUACAUCCUAAAGAGCAUGGAAAAGGAAGAAAUUAAAGAAGUCUUCAACGAGAAGCGAAAAAAAAUGAUCCUCAAAUUGAUAGCCUUGCUAGGGAACCAAAUAAAUUCAGAAAUUAAGAAAAGAUUUGCGGAGGCCAAUGCGGAGGGCACCUCCAAGGAAGGGGAAAUGAAAAAAAAAGACAAUGUGAAGCCAAAAAUGAGCCCAAAGGAAAGGGAAAUAAAAGUUGAAGAACAUAAUUUGAUAUGCCAGUACUGGGAAAAGCAGAGCGAAUGCAUGAGCAUGCUAAUAAAGGAGUGGAAUAAGAUCUCCGAAAUUUUAGAAUCGAUAAACGUAGAUCCUAAUAACAUGGUUAGUUCUCUCAUCUCCCUGUAUGGUGAAAAAACGGUCAGCGAUUUUCACCUCAGCUUCGACCAGAUAAAGGAAUCCAACAUCGAGUUGGACGUAAACGUUGAUGACAUUUCCAUUCCGAACAUUGGGGAGCCCCCCGAGAAUAAGUUCGACCCGGCUGGGAUGACGGUGGAGAGCUUGAUUCAGGACAUGAAGUGGGACGCGGAUCUGGAGUUCUCACUUAACCAAAUAAGGGAAGAAUGGAAAAAUGAGAAUAAGCAGAAUAAGAAGCUGAUACAGAAGAAGAUCGUGGAAGGAAUAAAACACAGAAUAGGACUCCUGGACUACCUGAACAAAGUAGAAGUGAACCUGAACGCAUUCGCCAAAAUAAUCGAAGGGAGGAUGAUAUCGAAUGAUGACGUGAAAAGUCAGUUGAGGUCUAUGCAAGACUUAAAUGAGGAUGGAAUUUUGUCCAAACUUUUGGAAAACUUAGAAUGUAAUAAAAUGGACAUAAAUGCAGAUUCGUUUAAAACUCCGACGUCGUUUUUCAUUUCGCAUCAUUUGCCGAUGACUAUGUGUUCACUCAGUGAUAAGUCUAAAAUGGACGACGUGGAGGAGCCCGAGGAAAACGGAAGUAGCGGUAAUGGCAACGGUGGUGGCAGUGGAGAGGGAGGCGGCGACGGUAGUGGUGAUGGUAGUGGCGAUGGAAGUGGAAGUGGGAACGGAAGCGGAGGCGGAAGUGGAAGCAGCAACGACAAUGGCAAGGGAAAUGAUAACCAGAGUGAGCAUGAACAGAAUAAGGAAAACGAAAAGAAUUCCGAUGAAAAUACCAGUGAAGAGAAGCAAAGUGUCGACGAAGAGAAGGCCUAA